GGGGUGUUUUAGGGAUUAGGUAGGGAUUGCUUGGGAGUAAAGAUCCUGGGCGACUCCGAACAGAGAAUCUCUCUUCCCAGCUUCACAGGAGCAGGUUUGGAGGCGUAGGGCCGGGAAGCUCCGGGGGUUCUUCUCUGGGGCGACCUGAGUGAGCAAGCAGGCUAUUGAGUACCAGGGCUGAGCGGAGGCGCCUCCUUUCUGCUUCUGAAUCGGGGACUGGAGACAAGAUCGGAAGGGCGUAUUUUUCCAGCUUUUAGUCGGGUUCUCUAGCCCGAAACUUCGCUCCAGUUCCCUUUGGUUCCCCCGGGAGUUCCCAGGCUCCUGGAUGUGGCUGGGGUCUUUGACCUGCCCCGCCCCCUAGGCUUUCCCUGCCCACCACCGGCUCCAUAAUGCCCCGCCCUGGCCCCAGCUCGGUUCCUGCCGCUUUGCCUUUCUCCUUUCUUGUGGUGAAGGCGUAAGAGACAACGGACUGACCCAUCCCACCCCGGACCCUUCCCAGUCGCUUCUGCCGCCGCCUCCACUUCCCUCGAUCCUUCUCUUUGCAAAGUCUGCAGGAACGGAUUAGGAGGCAACUUGACAGUACUUUGGGUCCUACCUGAGCCGACCUUGACAGGCCUUGUUCCUCAUCCCGGAUUCCGGCAAUGCUAACCGCUGUGUGCGGCUCUCUGGGCAGCCAGCACACGGAAGCACCCCGUGCCUCCCCACCGCGCCUCGAUCUGCAGCCACUUCAGACGUAUCAGGGCCAUACAAGCCCAGAGACAGGGGAUUACCCCUCCCCACUCCAGGCCGGGGAGCUGCAGAACCUACCACUGGGGCCUGAGGUGGACUUCUCACAAGGCUAUGAGCUGCCUGGGAGCUCCUCACGGGUAACCUGUGAGGACCUGGAGAGCGACAGCCCUUUGGCCCCGGGCCCUUUCUCCAAGCUUCUGCAGCCAGACAUGUCUCAUCACUAUGAAUCCUGGUUUCGGCCAUCCCACCCAGGCACGGAGGACGGUUCUUGGUGGGACAUCCACCCGGGUACCAGCUGGAUGGACCUUCCUCAUGCCCAAGGCACUCUGGCCUCUUCAGGUCACCCGGGAGCGCUGCAAGCCGGCCUUGGUGGUUAUGUAGGGGAUCAUCAGCUUUGCGCGCCACAGCCUCACACUCAUCCACAUCAUCUCCUCCCCGCUGCCGGCGGACAGCAUCUACUAGGGCCGCCAGACGGCGCUAAGCCCCUGGAAGCUACAGCUCCCGAGACCCACGGGCUGGAUGCCAGUCUGGACGGGGCGGCCCGACCCAAGGGCUCCCGGCGUUCGGUGCCUCGAAGCUCAGGCCAGGCUGUGUGCCGCUGCCCCAACUGUCUGGAGGCGGAGCGGCUGGGGGCUCCCUGCGGGCCAGACGGGGCCAAGAAGAAACAUCUCCACAAUUGCCACAUCCCGGGCUGCGGGAAGGCGUAUGCCAAGACGUCGCAUCUCAAAGCGCACCUGCGCUGGCACAGCGGAGACCGCCCCUUCGUGUGCAAUUGGCUUUUCUGCGGGAAACGCUUUACUCGCUCCGACGAGCUCCAGCGCCACCUCCAGACCCACACCGGCACCAAGAAAUUCCCUUGCGCUGUCUGCAGCCGCGUCUUCAUGCGCAGCGACCACCUGGCCAAGCACAUGAAAACCCACGAGGGCUCUAAAGAGGAGGCAGCGGGGACCGGAGCACAGUGCGAAGGGAAAUCGGGAGCGGCUGCCGAACCCCCAGGGGGUAAAGGCAAGCGGGAAGCGGAGGGCGGCGGCGGGGGCAGCGCCGGCGCCGCACUGUCCAACUGAGCCAUCCUCGCUGGACGCCCCCACCAGCUCCAGUGCACCGUCCUCUCCCACUCUGGGGUCUCAGACGAGAGCCCCCUUUUCCUCUGGGAUUGGAGGGCGGCUUUGGUGGGAGGGGAAAAGUGGUUAUUUAUUUGGAGGCGGAAUCAGCGUGUUAGUGGUGGGGGCGAGGAUGGGUCUGGGAGACAGGACGCUUGGGUUCUUUAGCUGCAGGGAGUGGGAAGUGGCCAGCCUGGCGAUCCGGGCAGAGCUCUGGGGCCCUGUAGGAUGCACCUCUGAGCGCAGCCCCAAGCCCAACCAACACGUGCAGGCCCUAGGAGUCUUCGGCACCCCCCACCCCACCCCAACCCCCAUCCCCCAGCCUGGGCACCUACAGGAGAGAAAGAGAGAGAGGGAGAGAGAGGAGACGUCGCGUCCGGGAGCAGAGAGGAGCGGGGCCGAGCCGCGGGGCGCGGGGGAAGCUGCCUGAACACGUCCCUAGUGCCUGGGAACCGGGACAUGAAAGCGCCUCCGGAGCCUCCCCACGGGCUCGGGCCCCUUUCAUCCCGCUUACAGGGCUCCUCCUGUCCUUGGGGUUUCCGGAGGGGGAGGCUUGAGGUCCCCAUGGGGCGGGGUCUGCAUUUGGCUGGGCGUUGGAGGAAGGGAAAGCCAGAUUGUUGCGGGAGAAAUAACUCUCCUUUGAUCUCCAUAACCCUUCCAGAACCACCCUGCUAGAGACUGUGAAGUGGGGGUUGAGAGGAGGGGGCUGGGCUGGAGGAUGCCCUUAGCCUUCUCAAGUUAGGGGAAGGGGUCAUUGCGGGGAGCUUUUCUAGCAGAAGCUGUCAGCAGAUUUGGGGGUGUAGGGAGGGGACUGAAACCCUAAACUCUGAAUGAGUACUCUACAGUAUGAUUUUUGAGGAAGAAAAAUGCAGUAUCCCAAAUCCUCUAAACCUAGGGCCUCAUUUCCAGGGUUUAUGUUGACCUUCAAAUCUUCUCCAUUCUGCCCCCCCCCCAUUUCCUCCUCUGGCCUCUUUCUCAAAUAUCUGCUUCCCUUUUGUAGGGGUGUAGAAGGUAUAGCUAGGCAAUAGGUGAGAUGGAGGGGAUGGUGGUCUCUCAUCCUUACUUCUAUCCUAGUACUAAUUAGUCUGGAGAGAGUUGAGGCUGGGCCAACCUCUUCACCUAACCAUCUCUCCAUCCCUUCCAUUUGUAGGGAGCUUAUUUCUCUCACCUUUCUUUUCAGUCUGAAGCACCCCCAUCCCUACCCCUAUCAUGGGUUCUCUGUUAAAGAGGGAAUGGGGAUAGGGGAACCUAUCCAAAGGGCCCCUUAUCUCCUUUUUUUGGGGGGGGAUUCAAGUCUUUUCUUUUUCCCUCUCCCUCUCUAUGAAGUAGUUGUUCUCUAGUGUAUAAGAUGCUUCCCUUCAAGGGAGAUGUCCAAAAAGCUGUCCCUUUCCCCUUCCCCUUUAGAUGUUUAAAAAUGAAACUGAAUUGUGAUGUUGGGAAAGAGGGAAGGGGGAAGGUCUAGUUGAGACAGACACUGGGAACAGGGAUAUGAGAAGAGUGAGCCCAGAUAUGUCCAGGACCCUGGAUUCCAUCUGAGUAGGGUCCCUUGGGAAAGGGACAAAAGAAAGUUUGAGAAAGGCUCCUUCAAAGAUUCUCCCUCCCCUCUUGCCUCCCAAACCUGUGUGAGAUUUAGCUGUGUUUUGAUUUUUAAGUUAUAAGUAAAGGGUAUUUUAUUUAAUUUUAGGGGUGUAUGUGUGUGUGUACAUGUGUGUGCAUAUGAGUGUUUGAAAGAGAGUGCAUAUAUGUAGUUCUCUGCUGAGCCUGGAGUCUCCAUUUAGGGAGAAUUCCAUCUCCCUUGGGUGCUCUAAGGGCCUAGGAUCUCCAGUAGCAUCUCCCUCUGCCCCUUCCUUCCCAGGAGUUGAAUCCAUUCAUGAAUUGGUAACUCCUGGGUAAGGGGAAAUGGGACAUAGAUGAGGGUUGUAUGUGUAUAUGUUUUUGUGUAGAAAAGGGGGAUCCUUCCCUCUUAAGAAGGACAAGAUACCCCCUUCUUGGGGGAAUUGUUUCUGGGGCAUGGGGUAGUUUUGAGAUUUAAUGCUUUCUUCCUUCUCUUCCCCAAUUCUACCCCUAUUCUGAGCAUCCCCUGCCCAGUUGAGAGGGGACCUGGUCAGGAGAGCUCAUCCUGUUAGCCACAUGGAGUAAGGGGGAGAAAGAGAAGAUACCAGUCUGUGUGGGCUCCCCCUUGUCUACCAAUUGAAACCAACCAUCUCAUCCCUCUGCCACCAGAAUGGCUGCUUUAUGUAGGAUAGGUAUGGUGUAGCCUGAAGGAUUCUCCAAGCUGGGAAACAUAGCCCUCCUUCCCCUACAGGGUGUCCAUGGUGGAUAGGGUGAGAGAUCCUUUGGGAGGGGUUCCUCUGGUCCCUCUCCCCUAUAGACCUAGGUUGCUUGGCUGCCUGACAUUUCCUCUCCGAGGCAGCCCCCCUAGAGGACAUAUGUAGGAUUUUUUUCUUUAACUGCUGUGAACCCACAUUUCCCUCAAAUGAAAAGGAGAGGAGGAAGGAGGGGAAAUGACCUCUGUGUGUGUUUAUGCCAUAAUAAAGUUGUUGACCCCUUGGUUCUC